GUCCUUUUGGUGUUGCGGUUCUGUUCAGUUUAGUGGUUCCGCUCUUCCGGGUUUGUCGCUUCUAGCUCAGAGUUGUUUUCCUCCUAAUCUCAAGUGAACUCAAUCGAUGAACUUUCAUCGUUUGGCCAAAAACGAAUGAAAGCGAUUAUAAAUUUUAACGUUUCGCUGGUUUAUCUUUUGAUCGGAUAAUUUCGUCUCUUUGCGAAGGAAUUUUGAUAUUGAAUUAUUUGUAAAUCUAUUGAGGAAUGGCCGUCCGUCCAAAUGAUUACGAAAGUGGAUACGAAGAAUCGAGAUUUAAGACUGCUGUUGAUGAAAACUUUUAUUGUUCAAUUUGUUUCAACGUUGUUAAGGAAGCCAGAAUGUGUCAGCAUAACGAACACAUCUUUUGUCGUUCUUGUAUUGAAGAACAUCUACGAGUUAAUGCACAAAGAUGUCCUCAAUGUCAAGAGCGUUUGACUGCAGCUACCCUUCAUCCAGCGCGUGUUAUAAAUAAUAUGAUUUCUAAGUUAAAGAUCAAUUGCAACUACGCUAAUCGUGGUUGUCCUGAAUUUAUAAAUGUGGAAGAUCUUGAAAAACAUGUUAAAAAUUGUGGCUUUGCUCCAGUGUUGUGUUCUAAUGAGCGUUGUGACAAGGAGAUAAACAAACGAGACAAGAUUAAACAUGAAACUGAGUUAUGUGAAUAUAGAAAGACUGCUUCUCACUACUUUGAAGAGAUUAAAAAAAUGUUUCAACAAAGUUUUAAAGAUCAAGAUGACAAAGUCAAAAUGCAAAUUAAUGAAAUAAUUCGAGUAAAUAGAAAAAUGGAUGAAGAUAGGGCUGAAAUGCAUCGAAAAUUUACUAAUGUAUGUGGUCAAUAUGUUGAAAUACGUAAAGAAAUGAUGGAAUCAAGGAAAGAAAUAAAAGAAGUUCAACAAAAUCUUUCUACUGUGACCAAAGAAAUGAUGGAAUCAAAGAAAGAAAUAAAAGAUGUUCAACAAAAUCUUUUUACAGUGAACCAAAUAAUGAUGGACUCAAGGAAAGAAAUGAUGGAAUCAAAGAAAGAAAUAAAAGAUGUUCAACAAAAUCUUUUUACAGUGAGCCAAAUAAUGAUGGAGUCAAGGAAAGAAAUGAUAGAAUCAAAGAAAGAAAUGAUGGAAUCAAAGAAAGAAAUAAAAAAUGUUCAACAGAAUUUUUUUGCAGUGAGCAAAAUAAUGAUGGAAUCAAGGAGAGAAAUGAUGGAAGUAAAAAAUGAAAUAAAAAAUGUUCAACAGAAUCUUUUCACAGUGACCAAAGAACUGAUGGAGUCAAAGAAAGUAAUGCUGGAAUCAAGAGUGCCUACAAAAGAUGUUCAACAAAAUCUUUUUACAGUGACCAAAGAAAUGGAAAAAAUGAAAGCCACAAUGCUUCUAAUGUUUGAAAAGAUAAAUAAGCAACUAGAUCAAACAUUGAUAUCACCAAUUAGUAAAAUGAUAAACGUAGUAACCAGGGAUAUUUUGGUUGCUGGAGGCUCCUUAAAGAGUGUUGAAAUAUUUUCUUGCAAGGAAACAAAAUGGUUUAAUAUUGCAACAAUGGAAAAUGAACACUGGUGGGUCAUCAUUCAUUUAUAAUGAUAAUUUAUUUGUUGUUGGAGGAUUUGGCUGCAAGUCAAUGGAAACUUUGAAUCUUAAACAGAUACCCUUGACUUGGAAGACAUUUUCUGGAGAGUUUCCUUAUAAAUGUAAGGGUCAUCAAACUGUUGUUUGUAAACAACAUAUCCUUUUCAUUGGAGGACACAUUGUUGGCAAAGGAAAAUCUGAUCUUAUCUAUGAAAUACGAAUUACAGGUACAACAUCUCAUGUUUUUAAAGAGUUGUGUCAUAUGCCUGAAUCACGAAAGAACCAUGGAGCUGAGGCUGUUGAUGAUAAAGUUCUUAUAUUUGGAGGAUGGGGAAAAGAUAGCAAAGUUUUAUCCAGUGUUUUGGAGUUUGAUCAAAGGACUCUUACAUUUAAGCAAAUGCCUCCAUUACCUCAUCCAUUGGCUGGAAUGGCAACAGUUCAAUGGAGAGAUCAAGUUGUUCUUCUUGGAGGUUAUGAUGGAAGAGAAAAGUUGAACAGUGUUUUCAUGUAUGACAGUAAGACAGGUACCAUUACAGUCCUACCAUCCAUGUUGGAAAAAAAUCGAUGUUGUGCAGUUAUAACAGAUGAUACAAUUGUUGUCAUGGGAGGUAUGAGUGAUGAAGGUAAUUAUCUUAAAUCAGUAGAGUGUUUCAAAAUGGGAAGCAGUUCUUCAUGGACAUAUCUUCCUUCAAUGAAUGAAACACGUGAAGAAGCCAUUGCUGAAGUUUUACCCUUUGGUCAAGAGUAUGUAUAAGCAAGAAAACUGACUGAACUCCUUUACGAUAAAUAAGUUAAAUAUGUAAACGUUUAAGGUAUAUGUAACCAUUGAUACUUAUGAUAAACUGUUGGAGUGGUGAGCAACUUCUAUAUGAAGUGAUGAUUAAGUUUUUAGAUAAUGGUAUAUAGUUUUUUAAUUUUUGUGAAUUUUUAUUCUCCAAUUUACGGGGAAUUACAUGUUUUUUUCCUGGAAAUUGAUAAAACGAAAUAUUGAAUAAUUGAAAACAAUA